GAAAACAAUGGCACCCCGUCAUACGAAUGUAAAAGGCUCUUCUGGGUCUCUCCCAAGCUAUAGUACUUUGUUUGCUAGCGUAAGAAUACCCGCAGUUACAAUAACAGCUGACAGACACUUCCAUGCUAAUGGCAUUCAUCCCCUGCCAACACUUUCAGCAUGAAUUGUCUUCAGCCUCGCGACGUCCUGAUGUUGCAACUGUGACGAUCCUUAAGUCUGAAUACGACUCAUUGGCGCGUCGGUCCUGUGAAUACGAGAGAUUAAAGCAAGCUUUGAUUCGUGGAGGCAUACCGCGGUCAUCUCUUGAAACAUUGAUCCGUAGUCCCGAUAAUUCCUACGAGGUAUCACAAGAAAACGAGAAUAGUUCGAAUUCCACUCUUCGCCAUGACCAAAAUUCUGCUCGUAGCUCUCCGAAGACUACCACGACCAAAAAUCACACUGAGCGAGAUGCUGCGUUAUACUGCCAUCCACAACGAAGCUCAGCAGAGCCAACCAUCCGUUCCAUAAUUGACACACCAGGUCGCCCAGAUUCUGAUGACCAUGACAAUGUUUCAACCCCAAGUGAUGAGAAGGUGGAUUCACCAUAUUCUGGUGACGAACAUACGGUUGCAAUGAAAUGCCACGGGAAUGGAAGUGAUAAUCGUACCAUCGUGUUAAAAGGCAUUCCAGAUCGAACAACCCAUUCCCACAUUGUCGCUGCUGUUCGCGGAGGCGCGCUGGUAGAUGUCUUUCUUCGCUCCAGGGAGCGUACUGCGAGCAUCUCGUUUGCUGACAGCAGAGCUGCCCAGGAGUUCUUCACAUAUGCGAAGCGGCAGCAUUUGUGUAUCCUUGAUAAGCCUGUUGAUGUUUCAUGGAGUGACCGCCAGUUCAUUCUGUCAAACUAUAUCGCCUCUCAGGUGUCAAAUGGGGCUUCCCGCAAUAUCUUGAUUCGCGGAAUCCACCCCAAUUUGACCGAAUCCCGAAUCCGAGAGGAUAUGGAGCAUAUACACAAUUUGGUGAUUAUUUCAGUUACGUUUACCCAAGGCAAUGCAUAUAUUUCCACAAACUCGGUUCAAAAAGCGUCAUAUGCUCGCAAUUGCAUGAGAUCCCGCAUGCCAUAUAAAGUUAUGAGAAUAGAGUACUAUCCCGAUGAGUGCGCAGAGCCGUUGCCACGGAUCCAGCAUAUGCUGAGGAGGGAAACUCCUCGACCAGCCAAAAAAUUGAAUCCUAUGGCCAAUCGGUUCGAGAUGCUGCAUCUCGAUGAUAGUGAUGCUGACUCUGACGGAACGGAGGAGUUGACAAGCUGUGCCUCUGUUACAGGCGGAGUCAACUGGGCGAAUCCGAUUGCUGUCUAAAUGCUUAUCUGGACAUCUGCUGACAUUCAGUUUCCCAUUUUGCCCUCUCGCUAACUCUUGCAUUAUUGGAAGCAUCGAGCCACCAUUCAAAACUAAUGUUCGGCCAUCAUACCCACCCUGUUCUAUUCAUCUAGAAUGCCCUACUCCGUACAGCCCUUCCCUUUCUUCUCUCCAAUGCCUUGCACUGGGUCAAAGCACCAAAGCUGUCCUGCCAUUUUUGAAAUUCUUCCUGUUAGAUACCCAAUUUCUCUGCAGCUUUCCUGGUUUUAUCAUUCGAGGUGAGGAAGUUACUUGGGAAGGAUGAUUGC